UCUCAUCGGACUCCUGUAACAUCCAGUUAAUAUUCAAAUAUAUGAAAGUGAUCGAUCUGAUCGAACUAUGGUCAAACUAACCACAGAUGACAAAGUCUCCACGGCCUUUACGCGAUGACGUACAUGGUGACGUCGGACAAGUGAAGUGCGCAGUGUGUUGGAGCUAAAAGCUAGCAGCUAACUGCGGGGGAAAGUAAAAACACGUGAACGCGAGUUUAACUCCACUGUGGACUUCGGAACCGACAUGAGCCCGUCACCGAGGUCAGUCCAGAACCGGGCCUGAAGCCUCCGGGUCGUGUUAAACCACCGAGCCAGCCCCGAGUGAGGCUAACUCAGCUAGCUGUUAGCAUCUAACGAGAGCUCUGUGGAGCGAGUCUCACCACCUCUGGACGGGGAGCCUGAUGGUCUGUGACUCAGAAUCAGGAAGUCCUCGAUCCAUCUGCAGGUGUGCACAUGUCCUGCUGUGGGUGUUGGCCGUCUGCAGAAUGAAUCCAGUGAGCUGCCAGAACAAAGUCAACGCUUCUGUGGGAGAAACCGUCCUGCUCACCUGCAGCGUCAGCGAGGUCGGCCCGGCCCUGAAAGACGCCUCCGUCUACUGGACCGACAAGGACGACAACACCGUCCUCGACAUCAUCAGGAAUAAACCGGACCUGUCAUCACAGAGUGACAGAUAUAAAGACCGAGUGAUCAGCUUCCCCGACAGAUACCAGGCGGGAAACUUCUCCAUCCAGAUGAAGAAGGUCCAGUUGGCAGACAGCAGCCCGUAUGACUGUAAGGUCCCAAAGCUGAGCUUCAGGAACCGGGUCACACUCACCGUGUCAGCUAAACGUGUUGAAGCAGGACGAGAGCAAGAGGCAGGACCAGGACCAGGACCAGGACCGUCCGGUGGAGCUGUGGUAACACUGACCUCCAUCCACAUGACAGUGCUGGCUGUGACUGUACUCAGUUGUUUUAUUUAACAAGAUGUGAGGCAACACAAACAAUAUAUUCAACAUUCAGAGCUGAGAAUAUAAUAAUCUUCAUAUUGAAUAUCAGAUAUCAGUUAAUAUAUUAAUUAGCAAGCAUUUCACCAUUCUCUUAAACAACUGAAGAACAACAGAAAAAACACAAAAUAGAUAAAUAAAAAGAUAAAUAAAUACUCCAAAAUGCAAAUAAAACUUAAAACCAGAAGAUUCUCAGGCAGGUUCUGAGCAAGCUGCAUCUUUUUUGAGGAUUUUCUAAAAGCGGGAACAAGCGAUCAGUUUUCUCUCUCCCUACUUCAUAGAUGACACAGCUAGCUUAGCAGUAGCCUUCAGCUAGCUUAGUGUUAGUCUGCAGCUAGCUUAGCAUCAUCCUGCAGCGUUACUUCCAGACUCGUCUCCUGUGUGAUGAAAACAAUCAGCUGACCGGAGGAAACUCUGACGGCAUCGGACAUAUUGGUUUAUUUUUUUGUCAGAGAUCCUUUAUUGAUUUGUUUGUGAUGAGGGUUCACUCUGGACAGAUUUGAGAUUGUUUAUUUUUGCUGAAUAUUAUUUCAUCUUGUCAAAAAGCCUCCAGGAUAAAGAUGAGCCGUAGUUGUAAAACUUCUUUGUAAAGAAGUUUGUCAGGGCUUAAAAGGAUCUGCAGAUCUUUACUGAUCCACGUGAGUCUCACAGUGAUGGAGCUGAAAAGAAUCAGUUUGUUGAUUUAGAGAAUCGUGACACCUUUCGUCCCGAAGUGAAUGUUCUGUUCAAUGUUCAAGGUCGCUGUCAUCAGCUAGAUUUCUUUUUAAAUACGUUAAACGUCAGUUUACUUGUUUUAUUGGUGCUGUUGGCCCAAUUCUCCUGUUUGUUGGCUCGUUAGUGGUCAGAAACUCCACAGAGUCCAUUUAAGCUUCAGAGACGUUAUAUGAAGGCGGAGACUCGAUGUCGGCACUUUAAUAUGUGAAAUCAUCUCAUCGAGUUUGAUUUUAUGGAGGACUGAGACCGCCAGAAUCCAAAGUAAAGAAAGAACAGAAUGUAUGAAUCCAAAUGAAUCAAAGCAUUCAUUCAGAAAGUGUGACACAAACUGAUAUGUGUGUUUACACUGCAGAAGUUUAAACCCUGAAUGAAGCUAUAAAACUUCCAGAAACAUGGAAAGAAAAAAACAUUUGUUUAUUUAUUUGUUAAUAUUUUAUAUAUAUAUUUUUGUUGCGUUCUGCACUUUAAUGCGUCAAUUUAUUUAUUGACAAAUUAUAAUUUCAGUGCAAAAUAAUUUGGAUGAUGUCUUUGUGUCAGUCCUCUGUGUGUCUUUGGUUUUAAGUUCUUUAACUUUGUUACAUUUUGUGAAAAUAUCGUUUAUAUCUAUUAAGCUCCUAAUGAAGGAUUAAAUUGUUCAUAAUGAGGUUGUUACAGUCGGGAUGACAAUGAAUUAAUUUGUUUAUAAAUCCUCAUUAAACACUAAAGAGUUUUUUUUCAGGCCUGAAGAUGUAAAACUUGUGAAACUUCAUCAGUGUGAACAUCAACAAAUAUUAAACUACACAGAAAAUCAUUUUGUUCUAAUAAUUAUUAAUUGUUGUAGAAAUGUGUCUGAUGAAAAUAUGAAGCAUGCAGCUGUGUUGUUUCUGUAAUGAAUCAUUAGAUUAUUAUUGUUGUUUCUGUUCAGUGUUACUAAGCUAUUAGAAGUAUUUUUAUUGGACACAAACAAUUAAUUGAUUAUUAGAACAGAUCACUGCAUUGUUCUGUGGCAGGACUCAAAAAUACAUUUAGUGUUUCUGUAACUUGAUUUGUUCCCUACAUUUAUUUUGAGAAUCAUUUUUGUGCAAUUAAUAUAUUAAUUUAUAUAUAAUGAGUCAUUUGUUUCAGGUUCAGUCCUCCACAGAUGUGAAGUGUCCUUCCUUCUGAAGCUAAGCUAUGCUAACGCUAACACAUGAAGCUGCUCCUCUGCUAACAGCUGAGGCACUGAUCUACACGCCACCUUUAUAUUAGCGUUGUUGUGUUGAUAUCAGGAAUCUUCCUGAUGCUGUCGACUGUCUCUCUGUUUUUUGUUAAUGUUGAAAAAUGUCCACUUCCUGUCAUGAAGGUUAACAGAUCUGUGUUCCCACUGAGACCAGUUGGAUUAUGGGAAAUGUAGGAGCUUCAGUCAUAUCUUUAUAGUUUGAAUGCUUUAUAUUUAUGUUGCAGUAUUUAAGCUCUGUGUGUUUUCUGACAUAAUUUUAUGGAACAUUAUUUUUUAUUAUCCAAACCCACAAAUCUGCUGUAAUGUACAAAUAAAAUCAGCUCAGGAGAACUUCAGCCUUAUUUCAUGAAAACAUAUUUUUAUUUUAAAAGCAUUCGUAUUUAUUAUUUAAACAUCCACAGAAAUCCUGCGGAGAUCUUUGAAGCACCUUCAUGAAUAAAUCGACAUGUUCUGUAGAAAAACAACUGAAAGGAAGAAAAGUUUGUGAGUUUUGGCUGCAGUUUGUUGGGUUUCUAAUAAAAAGUUGAACAAAC